CCUCGCCCGCAGACGUCAGCCGUCGUGGCUGGGCUAACGUUUGUUUACGUCAAAACAAAACUUUCCGCUACGUACCGAGCCGAGGGAACAAGUCCGGGAGUGCCUGCUGCGAUUAGAAUACUCCACUUUUGGAAGCGAAUGUAAUCGUCGGGAGGAAGACACACCUCCCUGCUGCAUUUAACCCAAAUCAGCCCACAUUCCUGUGUCUCCGUGUGUGUGUGUUUUACGGUGUACGUAUUGCCGGAAGAAAGGCAGACAGCAAAACAAGAUGCCGCUCUCCAGCUACACGGACGUGUCGGCCAUCCGGCAGGAAAUACUGGACAACAAUUUACGGGCGAAGGCAAUCAUUAUGGACAUCUCCAACUUCCGUGGCACGUUGCGCGAGCUGGAAACGCUGAACGAGGCCGGCCGGGACAAGCUGGCCGCACUGCGCCGGUGCAUCGACCGGAUGGACGUGCUGGCACGGGACGAGCCGGACCACAAGCUGACGGAGGAGGCGGAAAAGAACCGCGAACAGUACACCAGAACGCUGCAAGCGUUCCGGAAGGCCAACAUCAGCACGAUGCUCGAGAUCGAGAAGGCAAACAAGGAGGAGCUGUUCGCGCUGCGCCCGGAAGCGAGCGACGUGCGGCAGCGGAAGGUGGGCCCGGGCGGUCCCACCACCGGCAAGACGCACCGUAACUCGUCCCUGCUGUUCCAGCAGGAAAGCGUCACCGACCGGAUGAUCUCGAUCUCGAAGCAGCUGCACGACACGACGCAGAAGUCGGCCGCCACGCUCGACAUGCUGGUGGCGACCAGCGCCACCGUGGAGAGUACGCGCGACGAGCUGCUCAAGACGGCGGGGAAGAUCCACCAGUCGCGCAAGCUGCUGCAGAAGUACAGCCGGCGGGACUGCACCGACAAGGUGCUGGCCAUGUUCGGGAUGGUGCUGUUCCUGGUGAGCGUGCUGUACGUGCUUUCGCGGCGGUUGUUUUAAACAGGAGAGGAGGCAAAUCCAAAUUCCAAAACCCUUUCCGGCACGUGGGGCAUCCCAGAAUUCCUUUCCAGAAUGAUUGUCACUGCCAAACGUACACGAAGUAGAUGAAAUCCGCGUACAGCGUAAAACAUUACACUGUUCUCGUCGCUUUUACUUGCUUUACUCCUUUCUUAAAAUGUUUUAUUUAAAAAAAAAACUGGGUUCCCAAUCCCUUCCUUGCAAGCACUUCUCGUUCCCUUCCAGCUCUGAUCCCAGCUUUAUCGACACUUUGCACGUGCAUUGUAUAAUGGUUAAAUAGUUAUUAGAACGCUUACGCGGUAUAAACGCGGGACAAGGGAAUGAAACGACGAUGGGGGUCGGUAAAUAAAUUAUAACUGCAGUUUGUGUGUAACUGCCUCAACGGUAAUAGAAGAAAAAAAACAAAAAACAAAGCAAAGAAAAGUGAUGUUUUUAACGGCUGUGACUACUUGACGGUUCCGUUUUCCGAGAAGCAAAAAAAAAGGGCAAAA